CUUUCUAGGAUAACAUAAACACUAUUUAUACUCUCAGAGUUGGUGUUGAGCUACCGACCACUGAAGUAAGAUACAGAAAUCUAUCGGUGGAAGCCAGAUGCAAAGUUGUUGCUGGGAAGCCAGUGCCUACUCUUUGGAGUGCCAUGAAGGGCUUUCUUAAGGUGUUUUCCAAUGCAUGUGGGCUAAAAUCAGAGGUAAAUGUGAGCAUCCUGAAAGAUGUCAGUGGAGUCAUCAAACCAUCAAGGUAAACAAACUCUUCUACCAGUUUGAAGUCCAAAAGCUUAGAGAUCUGUCUCUUCCUUCUUCUUGGUACAGAAUUUCCAAAAAUCAGAUGACUCUUUUACUAGGACCUCCAGGCUGUGGAAAAACAACACUGCUGUUAUCCCUUUCAGGCAAAGUUAGUCAGCUUCUUAAGGUAAGUGGGGAGAUCACUUACAAUGACUUGAAACUAGAGAAGUUUGACCCCGUUAAGACAGCAGCUUAUAUAAGUCAGCAUGACCAACAUAUUCCUGAAAUGACAGUAAGAGAAACACUUGAUUUCUCAGCAAGAUUUCAGGGUAUAGGAUGCAGGGCAGAUAUCAUGGAGGAGGUGGAAAGACGUGAGAAGCAAGCUCACAUAAUCCCAAAUCCCAAUAUAGACACUUACAUGAAAGCAGUAGCUGUCAAGGGAGUACAAGAAACUCUUCAAACAGAUUACAUUUUGAAGAUCCUUGGAAUAGAGGCAUGCUCGGGAUCUCUGGUUGGGGAUGCCAUACGAAGGGGGAUAUCUGGUGGUCAAAAGAGAAGGUUAACAACAGGUGAGAUGAUGGUUGGUCCGAACCAAGUUUUUUUUAUGGAUGAAAUCUCAAAUGGGUUAGACAGCUCCACAACAUUUCAGAUCAUUUCUUGCAUCCAGCAGUUUGUGCAUAUUACAGGAGCAACAACUUUAAUUUCUCUACUUCAGCCAACACCAGAGACUUUUAGUCUUUUUGACGAUAUUAUCUUAAUGGAUAAAGGAAAAAUAAUUUACCAUGGACCUCGAGAGCUUAUACUAGGGUUCUUUGAGGAUUGUGGGUUUAAAUGCCCUCCACGAAAAGGCAUUGCAGACUUCCUUCAAGAGAUCAUUUCAGAAAAAGAUCAAGCGCAAUAUUGGUAUCUUGAAGACAAACCUUAUAGUUAUGUUUCUGCUGAUAGUUUCUCAGAUAAAUUCCAUUUGAGUGAUAUUGGGAAGAAGCUAAAAAAGGAGCUUUCUGAACAACAUGACAAAACCAAGUCGAAUGACAGUGUUGUAGCCUUUAACACGCAUUCUAUUAUGAAGUGGGAACUACUCAAAACGUGUAUGGAAAGAGAAAUUCUACUUUUGAAACGGAACUCAUUUGUUUACUUGUUUAAGACUAUCCAGAUCACUAUUGUUGCAAUUAUUACAAUGACUGCGUUUCUUCAAACAAAAAGGGAUGUUAAUUUAGUACAAGCAAGCUACUUUCUUGGUUCUAUGAGAUAUGCAAUCAUUAGGCUUAUGACCAAUGGGAUUGCAGAGUUGACAUUGACGAUUGCUAGACUACCGGUGUUCUACAAGCAAAGAGAUCUUCAUUUCUAUCCUCCAUGGGCAUACACAAUUCCAGCUGCUUUAUUGAAGAUACCAUUUUCUAUUGUGGAAUCCUUCAUUUGGACAUCCCUAACAUAUUAUGGUAUCGGAUACAGCCGUGAGUCAAAAAGGUUUUUUUGUCAAUUCCUACUAUUUUUUGGGCUGCAUCAGGCAUCAACAUCACUUUUCCGUUUCCUUGCUUCAAUUACAAGAAGACCACAUACAGCUGCACUUUCCGGCAGUUUGUCUUUACUAUUUUCAUUUAUGUUCAGCGGAUUUGUUCUACCACAAUACUCUUUACCAAUUUGGCUUCGUUGGGCGUUUUGGUUCUCUCCAGCAACAUAUGCUGAAAUAGGUCUAUCUAUCAAUGAAUUUCAUGCUCACAGAUGGCAAAAGUCGUCUACUGGAAAUGUGACACUUGGGCAGCAAGUCUUAAAGAGCCACGGAACAGACUUUAAAAGCUACUUCCUUUGGUUGUCUAUAGGAGCGUUAUUUAUGUUCGCAAUACUUCUAAAUAUCGGGAUUACUAUAGCUCUUACCUACCUAAAUAAUCCAGGGUCUUCUAAGGCUUCCAUUUCAACUCAGAAACUAUCACAAGAAGGCGAAAAACCUAAAAUCAAUGAACAACUGGAAAAUAAGUCAACUAGAAGAUCUACCACAGCAGUAUUUUCGGAAGGUAGAAUGGUCAUACCUUUUCAGCCGUUUACAAUGACAUUUAAAGACAUCCAAUAUUUCAUUGAGACACCUAAGGCUAUGAAGGAACAAAAUAUUAUGCCAAAAAAGCUACAACUUCUGCAAAAUAUCACGGGUGCCUUGAGGCCCGGUAUUCUUACUGCUCUAAUGGGUGUUAGUGGAGCUGGGAAAACAACUUUGAUGGAUGUUCUUUGUGGAAGGAAAACUAGUGGAAUUAUUGAAGGAGAAAUAAAAAUUGGGGGAUAUCCAAAAGUACAAGAAACAUUUGCUAGGAUAUCUGGCUAUUGUGAACAAAAUGAUAUACAUUCUCCUCAGAUUACUGUCGAAGAGUCAAUCAUGUAUUCAGCUUGGCUGCGACUCCCAAAUGAAAUUGAUCCACAAACAAAAGUUGAAUUUGUUCAACUUGUUCUUGAAACAAUUGAACUUGAUGUAGUAAAAGAUGUUCUAGUUGGAGUACCUGGCAUCAAUGGAUUAUCUAUUGAACAACGAAAACGCUUAACAAUUGCUGUUGAGUUAGUUGCUAAUCCAUCAAUUAUAUUCUUGGAUGAGCCAACAUCAAGUUUGGAUGCACGAGCAGCAGCUAUUGUUAUGCGUGCUAUUAAGAGUAUUGUUGAGACUGGAAGGACAGUAGUUUGCACAAUCCACCAGCCAAGCAUUAAUAUAUUCGAAUCUUUUGAUGAGUUACUUCUAAUGAAGAAAGGCGGUCAGAUAAUCUUUAACGGGCAAUUAGGUCAAAAUUCAAGGAAACUUAUUGAAUAUUUUGAGAAUAUUCCAGGCAUUCCAAAAAUAAAAGAUAACUACAAUCCAGCAACAUGGAUGCUAGAAAUUACCUCAGGUCCAAUGGAACAAUGCCUAGGUAUUGAUUUUGCUGAUGUCUACAACGAUUCCCCUUUGCAUCUGGCAUGUAAAGAGUUAGUUGAGCAGUUAAGUACCCCGCCACAGAAUCCUAGUGAAAUUCAAAUUCGAAAGCAUCAACCCCACAAUAGAUUGGUCCAGCUUAAAGCAUGCCUUUGGAAAUUAUCAAUGUCAUAUUGGAGAAGCCCAACAUACAAUAUCGUGCGCUUUACAUUUGCGACAAUUUUAUCAGUGUUGUUUGCGGCACUCUUUUGGCAGAAAGGCAAGAAAAUAAACAAUGAGCAAGAACUGACCAGCAUAGUGGGAUCUAUGUACAUUGCCACGAUCUUCUUAGGCAUAAACAAUUGCACAACAGUUCUACCAAUUAUAGCAAGAGAAAGGCUUGUUUUCUACAGAGAAAGAUUUGCUGGGAUGUACUCUUCAUACAUCUACUCAUUGGCCCAGAUUAUUGUAGAAGUCCCUUGUAUUUUAUUUCUCGCAGCAACAUACACGAUAAUCACAUAUCCAACAAUAGGUUACUCUUGGUCUGCUAACAAGUUGUUCUGGUACUUCUAUUUAAUGUUUUGUACGCUUCUGUACUACAAUUACCUUGGAAUGCUGAUAAUGUCAUUGAGCCCAAAUGUUCAAGUUGCUGCUGUACUGGCAUCAGCAGUUUACUCAAUUCUCAACCUGUUCUCUGGAUUCAUGAUUCCAAAAUCGCAUAUCCCUGGAUGGUGGAUUUGGCUCUACAUGAUUUGUCCAACACAAUGGACUCUAAAUGGUUUGGUUACUUCUCAAUUUGGAGAUGUGUCCCAAGAAAUUACAGCAUUUGGAGAAACCAAAGCACUAGCUGCUUUCUUGAAAGACUACUAUGGAUUUCAUUAUAAUGAAUUGGGGAUAAUUGGAUUUAUUAUUGCUUGUUUUCCUUUUGCAUUUGCUUGUCUUUUUAUGUACUACACAGGAAAAUUAAAUUUCCAAAAAAGGUAAAAAUAUCUUAUUGCAAAGUGGCAUAUUCUUUUCCUUGUUCAAUUAAAAAUUCACAUGCAACCAAUUUGGACAA